CUUGAAUGCGUGCGUGAAUGAAUGAAGUAAUGCUGGAAAAUGAUCUCAUUGUGGUGGUUGCCAUGCCAACAAUCGACACGGUUUUUUUCCCGCUGGCCGGCCGCUGCUUAUCCUUUUGAGCCUCCCUCUUUCUGCCUUCUCUGCCUUUCUCUGCCUCCACUCCACCACCACUCGAAGAACUUCCUCUCCAACGCGUUUAUCAGACAACCCAGAUCUCUCCUAACCCACUUCCUCCACAACACACACCCACCAUUACCGCCAUGGACGCUCAACCCUUGACCGACCGCUCCACCAACACGCACUUGGGCACUGCCGAGGAGACCGGCAAGCCGAUGAACUCGAUGGAUUACCACCGCCAGAAGCUGCAGGGCAAGUUGGCCAGCGGAGAAAGUAACCAAGCCAGCUACGUGUCGCCCUCGGACGAACUCAUGAGCCCUUGCUCGAAGAAGCUGAGCGACCUGAAGGGCAAGCGCUUCAAGAAUGCCGGCAAGCCCCAAUCAUUGUUCGCCAAACUGGGCAAGAAGAACUUCGAACAGUCGGCGGCGGCCGAGGCUCAGCGGGAGAAGGAGAAUACCGAGAGCGCGGUCUAAGACUACCACUGCACCACCAUAAGAGGAUGUUGAUGUUUAUGGGGUAGAGACCUCUCUUUUGUGUCUUGUUCUCUCUCUCGCGCGGGUCGCCGGAGAAGAGAUUUUCCUUUCCUUUUUUACCUUUAUUUUUUUUUUCUUAUUUUGACCUGGUUAUCGUCUCGCCCCUUUGCUGGAUGGCUCUGAUAAUCUUGGUUUUUUUUUUCUUCACGUUCGGGAUUGUUUGUCAUGCUUGGGAUGAAAUUGUUUUUUGUUUUUUGUUUUUUGUUGAUAAAACUUCAACCAUGGAGGGUUCAAAACUGGGAGGAAAAUCAACCGAGGUUGGAUUUGGGAAGAUUACGGACGGGCAAUGGACAUGACUCUCUGGGGUUGGGUUGGUUGGACUUUGGAGCUGAGGGGAUUCGUUAUUAUCAUGAUGACUUCUUUUUCUUUUUUUAAUUCAAUGGUUUGCUGAUAUGCUACUUUUCAAU